AUGAUCAUGAAACACUCGCUGAAGUUUUUCUUCACAACAUCCUCUGGAGUCAAAAACUUCCCAGAUUUUGUGGUUGUUGGGAUGGUUGAUGAAGUUCCAGCAGGUUACUGUGACAGCAUCAGUGUCCACAUCUUCCAGAGGAUGAGCAGCUGUGAAUGGGAUGAUGAGACUGGAGAGGUUAAUGGUUUUACUCAGUUUGGUUAUGAUGGAGAAGACUUCAUAGCAUUUGACCUGAAGACACUGACAUGGAUCGCUCCAAAACCACAAGCUGUCAUCACCAAACACAAGUGGGACAGAGAUAGACCCAACAAUGAAAGGUGGAACUACUACCUCACCCAGCAGUGCCCUGAGUUAGUGAAGAGAUAUUUGCACUAUGGGAAGAGCUCUCUGCUGAGAACAGAGCUCCCCUCAGUGUUUCUCCUCCAGAAGACUCCCUCCUCUCCAGUCAGCUGCCACGCUACAGGUUUCCACCCUCACAGAGCCAUGAUGUUCUGGAGGAAAGAUGGAGAGGAGCUUCAUGAGGACGUGGAACAUGGAGAGAUCCUCCCCAACCAUGAUGGAUCCUUCCAGAUGAGUGUUGACCUGAACCUUUCAUCAGUCACACCUGAAGACUGGAGGAGGUACGACUGUGUGUUUCAUCUCUCUGGUGCGAAGAACGACAUCGUCACCAAACUGGACAAAAAAGUGAUCAGAACCAACUGGGUUUCUCCCUCAGAGUUCCCUGCUGGUCCUGUUAUUGGAGGUGUUGUAGGACUGCUGCUGCUCCUGGCAGUCUGCAUCACUGGAGUCUUCAUCUGGAGAAGGAGAGAUAAUGGAUUCAGUCCUGCAAACUCUUCAGACUCGUCAUCCUUUGAAAUUUCUGAGGUCAAAGAUGCAGCUCUUAACUGA